AUGGCAACAACAGAUUUCCAUCAGCAAGCUCCAGUGUCGAAGGAACCCAUCAUGGAAUCCAGGCCGUCAAGCGAGAAGAAGGAUGAAUUUCCAAGACACGAGCUGCACAAUGGUGGCCGCGAUGGUGUGACUGUGACGGAGGAGGAAUCGGCAGACGCCGCAUUAUUGAGAAUGGGCUACCAGCCAGUGCUCAUUCGCAACCGAUCGACCCUUCAGGUCGUCUUCAUGUGCUCAGUGCUAGCGUCCAUUCCGUACGGUCUCGCUACGACGAUGUACUACUCUCUCCUCGGCGGCGGACCGGCGAAUGUCAUCUGGGGAUGGGUCGGCUUGACUUUUGUCAUCGCAUGCGUUGCACUCAGUCUUGGUGAGAUCUGCUCGGUCUAUCCCAGCGCAUCAGGCGUCUAUUUCUUCACAUUCAUGCUUGCUCCCAAGCGUUACCGCAAGAUUGCGUCCUACAUCUGUGGCUAUGCAUUUGUCGCCGGCAAUAUCACGAUCACGCUAGCCGUCAAUUUCGGAACGACGCUCUUCCUCGUCGCAUCGAUCAAUUUAUUCGAAAGCUCCCCUGGCGUAGGAAUAUUCGCAGCAGAGGCAUAUCAGGUCUUCCUGGUCUUCCUAGGCAUCACUUUGCUCUGCAACGCUAUCUCAGCUUUCGGCAAUCGCUUUUUGCCGCUCUUGGACACAUUUGCGAUCUUUUGGAAUUUUGCUGGCAUCAUCGCCAUCCUCAUCGUCGUCCUCGUCCUCGCCAAGGAGGGACGGCACAACGCGAAAUAUGUGUUCACCAAUUUCGAUCCAUCCAAUUCUGGCUGGCCGCGGGGAUGGUCCUUUAUGAUCGGGCUCUUGCAGGCUGCUUAUGCGACGUCAUCGACUGGCAUGAUCGUGAGCAUGUGCGAAGAGGUCGCCAAGCCGGAAACUCAGGUACCAAAGGCAAUGCUCGCCACUGUCUUUGUCAACGGCAUCUUUGGUGUUCUUUUCCUGCUACCGCUGCUGUUCGUUCUGCCUGAUCUGGCAUACCUCGUCGCUUUGCCCUCUGGACAACCAGUCCCUGCGAUCCUGAAGUCGGCAGUAGGCUCCUCUGGCGGCGCGUUCGGCUUGCUCGUCCCUCUGCUUGUCCUUGGCCUCCUCUGUGGUGUGGCCUGUACCACCGCCGCUUCUCGCUGCACGUGGGCCUUCUCGAGAGACGGCGCUAUCCCAGGCAGCAGAUGGUGGGGCAACUGCAACAAGUCUCUAGACGUCCCACUCAAUGCGAUGAUGCUGUCGAUGGCCAUUCAAAUCGGCCUGGGCGCCAUCUACUUUGGCUCCUAUGCUGCUUUCAAUGCUUUCUCAGGCAGUGGCGUCAUCCUACUGACGAUCUCUUACGCGGUGCCGAUCAUCGUCUCCUUCGCCGAGGGCCGGCAACAGAUCAGGGCUGGCAAAUACUAUUGGGGCUCGGUCGGUUUCGUCGCCAAUGUGGUCGCUAUCGCUUGGAGUAUCCUAGCAGUGCCUCUGUUCUGUAUGCCGUCGUAUAUCCCCAUCACGGCUGCGUAUAUCAAUUACGCAAGCGCUGUGCUCAUCGGUGUGGUCCUCAUCUCCGCGGCUUGGUACGGCAUCUGGGGCAGAAAGCACUACCAAGGACCGCCUGUACACGAAGACGCGAUCCUCGAAGCUCACCUUGCAGAGACUGACGAUCCGAGGCUCCAGGCUCAUCUGGCCGAUAAUGCCGUCGAGAAGCCGUCCGAGAGCUCAAAUAGCGACCUUGGCGGCAAUGAACAUGCACAACAAGCCACUUUCCCGAAUGAGAAGCCGCAUGGCAUCUUCACCGAGGAGAGAUCGACUGCUCCUUCUGCUCUGUAA